AUGCAGCAGAUGGAAGCUGCUAGGGUGGCUGUUGAGGACGUUCACCGUCAACACAUGGAGGCCCUCCGUCAGUUGGAGGAAAACAGGACCACUACCCAUGCCCACGGUCCCGAGCCAAGACCUCUCCAUCGGGAAUGGAGUUUGGAAGAAUUUCUAAAGCACCAACCGACUAAGUUUAAUGGGAAGACCAGUCCAGAUGUCGCAGAUCAGUGGUUGAAGGACAUUGAAAGGAUCUUUGAUGCUAAGAUGUGCCCCGAGGAGAGUAGAUUGGCCUUCGCGGUGUACAUGCUCACGGGUGAGGCUGAGCAUUGGUGGAUCAGUAUGAAGUCCAUCAUGGAGGAGAGGCAGGAACCAGUUACUUGGAAGGUCUUUAGGAGAAAGUUUCUCUCCGACUACUUCCCCGACAGCGUCAAAUAUGCUAAAGAGGUGGAGUUUUUGCAGUUGACCCAAGGAAGCAAAUUUGUGGCUGAGUAUGCGAAAAAGUUUAAGCAUCUCAGUUGUUUCUACACCAUGCCACUAGAUGAAGAGUGGCGAUGCAGGAAAUUCGAGAAUGGCCUCCGUGGAGAUCUUCGGCUGAUGGUGGCCCCACUAUCCAUCAAGGACUUGGCAGCCUUGGUGGAGAAGACUAGGGUUAUGGAGAAGAUGAAGGUGGAGGUAGAAACUCAGCACCCACACCAGCAGAGAGUGGGAGGACCAUCUGGGUCCAGGCAUAGGCACGAGGAGAGGAGGAAACCCUAUACUAGGCCUCAUUCCUAG